CAGCUGGUUGUUUGGGGUCCCAGCAACGUCACUGGAAGGUUUAAUCUGAUACAAAGUGACACUUACCUGAAGCUAUUUUCUCUAAUUGAUAUCACCCUAAUAUUCGUAGCAAUGUCCGACGCCGCGAAAGACAAGGCCGCUCGCCUGCUGAAGAAGAGGGGGAGUAUUUCGUCUCUGAGCAGCCAUGAAGUCAGACCACGGGAAAACCUCAGCAAACCUCGGGAAUCCAGAGACUCAAUGAGUACAGUGUCUUAUAUCGACGAGCCAGGACAUCAUGAUGACAUCACCCGUCCAGCAGUGCAGAUGGAAAACACCUACCAGUUAGGUCCCGUGCGCCGUUUUCCUGUGGCCACAGUCAAUAAUAUUUUAAAGGACGUCCUGACAAGUUAUCUACAGGAGGAGAAGUACGAGGCCGAGCUCUGUAGACAAAUGACAAAGACAAUCUCUGAGGUUGUGAAGGCCAGAGUCAAGGACCUGAUGAUCCCCAGAUAUAAAAUCAUUGUCCUUAUCUACAUCGGACAGCUGAGCGAUCAGAACAUGCGGGUGGGCAGCCGGUGUAUCUGGGACCCAGCGUACGACACCUUCUCCUCCUACACCUUCAAGAACAGCUCCCUGUUUGCCCUGGCCAAUGUCUAUGCCGUAUAUUACGAGUAGGUGCCCGGCAAACGAUGCCCAACAGAAGGAUCAUCACUCUAAGGCCUCCUGCACACGAACGUAUUUUGCGUUCCGUAUACUGGCCACUUUCUGCGUUCCGCAUGCGGUCCGUAUACGGAACCAU